CUAUGUCACUCAUUUUUUCAGAUUUUUUUUUACUAGAAAUAUUUCAUAGUACUACUGUACUCUUGAGGGAAAUGUUAAAAGAAAAAGAAUAUAAACUUGUUUCUCUUGACAAUUGUUUGAAGAAGAAUAGUUGGUGAAGUUUGUCGCUUAAGUUAUCCUUAAAGAAGAACAUUUGGAGUUUUACUUCAUUUGUAGGUUACUUUCUUCUUUCUGUUGUCCUUAGUAAAACAGAAUUUGAGCUAAGUAGUGAGAACUUCCUAAGUGUUGCAGCUAUACAUGGAAAAAGACUUUGGACUUAAAAUCCUUCUAGUCUUGCAUUUUUUAUUACACUCAAUAUGCUUAUCAGAGCAACUGCUAUCUUCCCAAGUACAGACUCUAUUUAGGAUUCAAAAUCUUCUGAAUUAUCCACCUGCUUUGAGUAGUUGGAACAAUGACACAAAUUUCUGUAACACUGAGCCAAGUUCAACUGUUACUGUUAUCUGCUAUGAGGAAAGCAUAACUCAGCUUCAUAUAAUAGUGGGUAAAGGGGCUUCUGCAUUACCAGAGAACUUCUCGAUCGAUUCGUUUGUCACUACACUUGUUAAGAUACCUAGCUUGAAAGUUAUAAGAUUAGUUUCUCUUGGUUUAUGGGGGCCAUUGCCUAGUAAAUUUUCAAGACUUUCAUUAUUGGAAAUAUUAGACCUAAGUUCAAAUUACUUUCAGGGUGACAUACCCCGAGAAAUUUCAUCGUUAACGAGCCUCCAAACUUUAGUAUUAGAUGGUAAUAAGUUCACUGGAAGACUUCCAAAUGGCAUUGGUUCACUAAUAGUUUUGGCAGUUUUGAGUGUGAGGAACAAUUCUUUAGAUGGACAUUUACCUGAUACACUGGGAAAUUUGCAUAAUCUUCGCGUUCUUGCACUUUCGAGGAAUAAUUUUACUGGUGAUGUUCCUGAUCUUAGCAGUCUAGAAAACCUUCAAAUUCUAGAUUUGGCAGAUAAUUCUUUUGGACCUAAAUUUCCUCGCGUUAGCAGCAAAAUUCAAAGCAUUGUGUUGAGGAACAAUAAGUUCACUGCAGGCAUUCCAGAGAAAGUUCAAUCCUACAAUCAUCUUGAACAUAUGGAUAUUUCUUCAAACAGAUUUAAGGGGCCGUUUCCUCCGUCUUUGUUAUCUUUGCCAUCGAUCACUUAUCUUAACGUUGCAGGAAAUAAGUUUACGGGAAUGGUUUUUGAGGAUAAUCAAUGCAAUGCCGGAUUAGAUUUUGUGGAUUUAUCUACUAAUCUGUUGAGUGGAAGAUUACCUAGUUGUCUUAUGACCGGUUCUAAGCACAGGAUUGUGCAUUUCUCUAAUAACUGUUUAGCAACUGGAGACAGUAGUCAACAUCCAUUUUCUUUCUGUCGGAAUGAAGCGUUGGCUGUUGGUAUCUUACCUCAUCAUCAGAAGCAAAAACCAUCUCCAAAAGUGGUUCUUGCUUUUAUCGUUUGUGGUAGUAUCACGGGUGGAGUCGUGCUAGUUUGCGCGACUAUUUUGAUUGUCAGGAACUUUCUUGCGAAGGAAGCUGCACGAAAAACCCCAACAAGAUUAAUAGUAGAAAAUGCAUCAUCUUCAUAUACCUUGAAGUUAUUCACUGAUGCAAGAUAUGUUACUCAAGCAAUGAAGCUGGGAUCACUUAGCCUCCCGUCUUAUCGGACCUUUUCGUUGGAAGAGCUUAAGGUAGCAACAAACAACUUUGAUGCAACAACUUUUAUAGGCAACAAUUCUGACAGCCAGAUGUACAGAGGUCAGCUGAAAGAUGGUUCAUACAUUGCAAUUAGAUGCCUGAAAAUGAAACAAUUCAACAAUAGUCAAAAUGUUAUGCAUCAUAUCGAAUUGAUGUCAAAACUUAGACAUCAUCAUCUGGUCAGCACUCUUGGACACUGCUUCGAGUGCUACUUGGAUGAUUCAAGUGUUAGCAGGAUAUUUCUCGUCUUCGAAUAUGUACCAAAUGGGACUCUAAGGAGAUGGAUCUCUGAUAAACAUGCUAAACGAAGACUAACUUGGACACAACGUAUAGCAACCGCUAUAGGAGUAGCAAGGGGAAUACAGUUUCUGCAGUUUGGAAUAGUGCCUGGAAUAUUUUCAAAUAACAUAAAGAUAACAGAUAUUGUGUUGGAUCAGAACCUUGUUGCAAAAAUAUGCAGCUAUAAUUUGCCUAUUCUGGCUGAGAAUGUAAAGGAAAAGUUUCAAAAUUUAUCGAGUGGUUCUAAAGAGCUGAAGAGUGUAAGGGCUAAUUAUGAAGAAAAGUUGGAUGUAUUUGACUUUGGAGUAAUAUUAUUGGAAAUAAUUAGCGGGAGGCAGAUAAAUACCAAGAAUGAAGCGCAAGUUAUACAAAAUCAGUUGCAAGAGAGCAUAAUGGCUAAUGAAGUUGCAAGAAAGACUGUGGUUGAUCCAACAAUUAGAAAUUCAUGCUCGGACGAAUCGUUGAAGACAAUGAUUGAGAUAUGCAGUAGGUGUUUAUUACAAGAUGCAGAAGACAGGCCCUCAGUAGAGGAUGUAAUAUGGAAUUUGCAGUUUGCUGCUCAAGUUCAAGAUGCAUUGAAAAGGGAUUCUUCUAGUAGUGAUGCUUCUCCAAUUUCACACCUCUACAACCUUCAAACCAACUUGUCAUGCAAUAGCAAAACCGCGUGGAUUUAGUUUAAAUAUGUAUUUUUUUUGUAACAAUUUCCAACUACAUAUAUACAACUCAGAGUACCAGAAAGUAGUGAGUUUACCUGCUGCUAAAAGCAUA